GGUGCCUGUGGCUGAGCUGCUUCGAGUAAGGUUAGGGAAUCCUUUGCCCGCAGUUUUGCGUGUCGGACAGUGUUUGUUUAUACCACAUCUAAGCCUGGAAAGGAGAUGUGGGAGAGCUUAAGGCAGGGUGGAUGUGCCACACCGCUGCUGCCCACAGAGCCGCCUCCCGCGGCGGUGUUUCAGCCCUUUUCAGAGUCCAUAGAAAAGCCGGUGUUGCCUCAAACAACGCCGGCAACAUCCCUCUUCCCGCGGCCCGCCCCCGGCCUGGCCCUCCUCCCGCGUUGCCGGGCAGCGCGGCGGAGGUGAGGCGGCCGCCGCGGCCUGCGGGUCGGUGCCGGCGGGGAAGCCGCUCAGGCCCGGGCGCUGCCGUGCCAGGGAGGGCCCAGGGUCGCUGUCCGCCGGCCGGAGCCGUGGGUGAGGGGGCGGAGGAGGGUCUCUCGCCGGACGCAGCUCGCCCGGCGCCGGGGCCUGACGGCGGCCUCCACCGGGCCCUCACGGCGGGGAACCGUCACCGGGAGCUUGGCAAGGUCCUUGUAACAGAACACGAGUGGACCAUGCCUCUUCCAGAAACCAUGUUCUGUGCUGAGCAGAUCAAAAUCCCCCCUGAGCUUCCUGACAUUCUGAAGCAGUUUACUAAAGCUGCUAUUAGGACUCAGCCCCACGACAUUUUGCAGUGGGCAGCUGCGUAUUUUUCAGCAUUGUCAAAAGGUGAGCCCCUUCCUGUGAAGGAGAGGAUGGAACUGCCUUUAGCAGCAGACAAAACAGGUGCUGGCUUGACCCCAGGACUCCUUAAAGUCUUGCAUAAACAGCUUUCUCCCAAAGGCACCGUGAGUGUUACAGAACUGAAGGAAAGAUGGAAGAACCUGUGCUUGCCAGAAAUGCAGCUGGAAGCUAUCCUGCAGCUGGAUGACUUUGAGGAGGAGGUGGAAUGGAUGAAGAUUCUGGCCCUUGGGUGCAGCGUGCUUGGCAAGUCCUUACUGAGUUCCAUGAAGCAUGCCUGUGAGGUCUUGACAAAGGACCCAGAAGGUGGAGGAGCUCGUGUUCCCUUUGAAACCUUCUCCUUCCUCUACUCCUAUUUGGCCCGAAUUGAUGGAGAGGUACCAGAGGAGCAAAUGGAAGCAUUCCUCCACAGAAUGAAAGAAGCAGCGUGAGUACACAUCCCUGUGUGGAAUUUGAAUGUAUUGAUCCCUGGCUUCUCCAUAAACCUUUAAUUUUGGGUGACUAGU